AUGGCCGAAGCAUUAGUCACUAUUGCUGCCGAGGGGAUACUUAAAAAAGUGUUGUCAAUAGCUGCCAGCGAAAUCGCCAUUGCUUGGGGCUGUGAAGAAAAACUGACCAGCCUUCACAGAACAUUGGAUCUGAUUCGAGCCAAGUUGAGCGACGCGGAAAGUCAAAAGGGAACACAAGCUGUGAUGGUGUGGCUGAAGCAGCUAAAAGAUGUAGUGGGUGAAGCUGAUGAUGUGUUGGACGAGGUUCAUUACGAAAUGUUGAGGCGUCAGAUAAAGAAACCAGAUCGGUUGUCAAGAAAGGUAUCGUGCCUUCCAAUCUUAAAAAAGUUUUCAUUUCGUAAUGAAAUAGGUCAUAAAAUCGAAAACAUCAAUAAAACGUUGCUUGAGAUCUAUACACAAGCAAACGGUUUAGGACUACAAAAUGAACACCCAGCUGGCCCUGUUCCAGAUGGACUCUAUCGGGAGACUAUUCCACAUCCAGAAGAAUUCAAGAUUGUUGGGAGGGAUGAUGAUGUCCUACGUAUCAUAGAGCUUUUAACCCAAUCAAGAAAGGAAGAAAAACUUACAGUUGUUCCCAUUGUCGGAAUGGGCGGUAUUGGGAAGACAGCUUUGGCUAAGUUGGUUUACAAUGAUAAAAAGAGCAAGGAUUAUUUUCAUGUGAGAGCAUGGUUGUGUGUGUCGGUUAAGGUUGACAUCAUCACUCUUCUUGCAAAGAUCUAUGAAUCUCUUGUUGGAAAGAAACCGGAGUCGGACUCUAAGGUUAAUUUAAUUAAAAGUCUUGAAGAGAAGUUAGGAUCAAAAAGAUAUUUUCUGGUCUUGGAUGAUGUUUGGGUUGAAGAGAGGCCAUAUUGGGAAGAGUUUAGGAGAUGUAUGCUAGGUGUAAACUCACAAAAUGGAAGUUGCAUUCUUGUCACUACACGGAAACUUGAAAUUGGCACUCGUGAUAUGAUCAUGGAUUCGUAUUGUCUGGAAGGUCUUUCCAAUGAUGAGUGUUGGUCAAUCUUUAGAGAAAGAGCGUUUGUUGGAGGAGAAUCACCUUCACCAGAAUUGGAGGAGAUAGGUCGUGAGAUUGUGAAUAAGUGUGGUGGUUUACCAUUACUAUUAAAUGUUAUAGGUGGCAUGUUGGCAAAUUACAGUGGUCUAGAGAAGUGGUUAUCCAUAAAAAAUAGCAAGGUUUGGGAUCUAGAAGAAGAAAGGGAUAGCAUUCAAAAGAGUUUGGAACUGAGCUUUGAUAAUCACCCCAAUUCUAUUAUCAAGCAAUGUGUUGUAUAUUGUUCCAUCUUUGAAAAAGACACGGUAAUGGAAAGGGAAGAACUGGUCCGACUUUGGAUGGCUUUAGGGUUGGUUCAAGCAGAUGAGGCAAGUAACAAGGAGAUGGAGGUUGUGGGAAAUGAUAUUUUUCAAAUAUUGGUUAACAAUUCAUUGUUCCAAGAUGUUAAAAGGGACGAGUAUGGUCACAUCACUCAUUGUAGUAUGCAUGAUCUGGUGCAUGAUCUUUUGUUAUCACUUUCGAAACAUGAAAGCUUACGUCUGAUGGGUGUGAAGAAUGAUGAUAUUGCUCGUAUUCCACAGGUUAAGCAUCUCAUUUUUUACCAAUUAUAUCAUGAAUUAGAAGGCAAGAUUUGUAAGUUCAUUGAAAGGGAUAUAGUGGCUAGAACUUUGCGCACAUUGUUCAUCGAGGGUGAAGUCGAGAAGAAUUUUUCAUUUGAACGAUUCAAGUGCAUGAGAAUCUUAAAACUCAAAGGAUAUCAUAUAAAUAAGUUACACGAUUCUAUUGGAGAGUUGGUGCAUCUCAGGUAUCUUGAUUUGUCAUAUACGGAGAUCCAUGUUCUUCCAGAAUCUAUUGGUAACUUAUACCACUUGCAAACUCUAAAGUUGCCUUAUGGAUUUAAGCAGUUUCCAGAAUCCAUGAGAAAUUUAAUAAGCCUGCGAUAUUUCCAGGGUCACAUAAAGAUUCCCGCCAAUAUUGUAGGACACCUAACCUCUAUUCGAAAUUUGUCUUCCUUCACAGUGCUUAGUAGUAUGGGACAUGGUAUUGAAGUGCUACGCCAUCUGAAUAAGCUUAGUGGAAAGCUCUGUAUUUUCAAUCUAGAAAAUGUUAGGAGCAAAGAGGAUGCUAUCAAGGCAGGUUUAUCAAGCAAGAAAAACAUAUACGAUAUUGAAUUCAAUUGGAGUGAGUAUAAUGAAGGUGCCAACAGAAAUGACAAGGAUGUAUUGGAAGGCUUACAACCCCCUAGAGAUGUGAAAACAUUGACAAUUAACAAAUUUUCUGGUGAUAAUUUUCCAGAUUGGACGCCACUUCACAAUCUCACGAAGAUCUCACUAAGUGGAUGUCGCAGCUGCCUCUCUCUUCCAAUGCUUGAGCACCUACCACAUCUUCGGAAUCUUUUCUUAUCUAAUAUGGACAGUUUGACAUGCUUAAGGAAUUCCGAUGUUACCGGAUCAAUGAAGCCUUUGUUUCCAUUGUUAAGAGCGCUCGGACUAAUACAUAUGAAAAGACUGGAAAAGUGGAUAGAUGGAGCACCCAACAGCUCAAAAAUGAUUUCUCCUGUCCUCGAGAGCUUGUCCAUUCGGGAUUGCCCGAAGAUUGUUCUCUUAGAUGAAUCCCAUCCCCACCCUCUUAAUUCCUUAGAGAUUAGAGCUUGCACAGGUCUGGUGUCCAUUAAGAGCAUACAAGGCCUUACAUCUCUCGAAACUUUAGUAAUUUCCAGGUGUGAUAGUCUUUUAGGAAUAACCAAUUUGCCCAACGAGUGUCAUUCUUUGAAGAUUUUGAAAAUUACCUACUGCAGCAAACUGAAUUUCUUGCCUCUAAAAAUGUUUGAUUGUUUUGCAUUCUUAAAUAAGUUGAAACUUGGUCCGUUUUCACAGGAGCUCGAUUAUCUCCCAAGUCUCAAAGGUAUCGAGAAGUUAAGGGACCACCUUCACUCAUUGGACUUGUGGGGUUGGGAUGAUUGGGAAUUAAUGCCAGAAGAAAUACAACACCUCACCUCACUGACUCGGUUACAAAUACAUAAAUUUGGAAUACAAGAGCUGCCUAUGUGGUUAACCAACAUGUCAUCCAUCCGACAUUUACUUUUCCAUGAUUGCAAAGGGCUAGAUAUAGAAACGGUUAAACGAGGAGCGCCUCAUGAAGCAAAUUUUGUCAGUGUAAAUUAUUCGAGGGUUUCCAUAAAUAGAGAUGUUAAUUAG